GCAUCGGCGUGGCUUCACAGAGUCGGACAGGAAAAGAAAAGGGAUAUAAAAAAAAAAAAAAAAAAAAAAAAGAUCCUGACAGCGAGAAAAUAAAACGACAUGGCUGCGAUUCGUAAGAAGCUGGUGAUUGUAGGGGACGGCGCUUGUGGAAAGACCUGCCUGCUGAUUGUGUUCAGUAAAGACCAGUUCCCAGAGGUGUACGUGCCCACUGUCUUUGAGAACUACGUGGCAGACAUUGAAGUGGACAGCAAGCAGGUGGAGCUGGCCCUGUGGGACACAGCUGGGCAAGAAGAUUACGAUCGCCUCAGACCGCUCUCCUACCCCGACACGGACGUCAUCCUCAUGUGCUUCUCCAUCGACAGCCCCGACAGCUUAGAGAACAUCCCUGAGAAGUGGACCCCUGAGGUGAAGCACUUCUGCCCCAAUGUGCCCAUCAUCCUUGUUGGGAAUAAGAAGGACCUGCGCAACGAUGAGCACACAAGGCGCGAGCUCGCCAAGAUGAAGCAGGAGCCGGUGAAGCCCGAGGAGGGCCGGGACAUGGCUAACAGGAUCAACGCGUACGGUUACCUGGAGUGCUCUGCCAAGACGAAGGACGGGGUGAGGGAGGUGUUCGAGAUGGCCACUCGCGCCGCACUGCAGGCCAAGAAGAGCCGAAGGAAGAACGGCUGCCUCUUACUAUAGAAGAGAAGAACAGCAGCCAGCAGAAAUGUACCAGCUUCAUUCUUCUGUCAUCCGCCUUCCCCACUUACCAGCUACCCUGAUUGAAAGAGAUGGCGCAGAAACGUACUCAGAGGUGCUGAACAGCAGGCCUUUAUGCUGUCUUGAGAGGCUCUUAUAAUGCAGCACCGCCCUCCCCCAGAUCCCAUCUCACCUCCAGUUCAGUUUGGUGCUAGCUAACCCUUUUCAUACAGCAACGACUCUUAAGCAGCUUCAAAUUGCAGUUCAUUUUCAUUUUUUUUUUUUUUUUUAACACAUGUGCAGUGAUUAAGAGUAGUUUUGGAUUCUGUUAUAAUCGUUUUUAUUCUCCAAACCUGCCUUUUACAUGGCUGUGAGUUUUGUCUGGAAAAUCCUAUGUGUCAGGACUGAACUGCCACCUUCAUUCCAUUCAAAUCGUGUGUCCCCUGUGUAACUCUGCCACCUCCUCUACAUCUAAGUACACAGAGAGAGUAGGAGGGGCUAGUUGAAAGGUCACAUUGACGCGUGAUUUUGAAUGCACUGAGGAAGGCGUUUCAGUCGAAGCACUUAUGAUUCUCCAGACAAACUCGAAAGCCACUAAAAACUCAAUCUUGUAGCAGGCCAGAAGCGCUCAAAAUGAUUGCAAACACCGUGCUGUGCAAGCAAUGACAUUGGAAGGGACUCACUUGUUUAGGACAGUAUGUAGCCCUCACAGCUGGUUUAGUAUUAUUGUUAUUAUUGGAAAUAAAAUAUGAUGGUCGAAUUAUAGGGAUGAAAGUAGCUGAUGUUUCUGUGUAAGCUCUGAUGAAAUAUUUCUGUUUACCCAACUGUCUUUCCUAUGCAUUUCCUUCUGCCUUAAAAUACCUGUGUAUGCCCAAGUCCUAUACACUUUCAUAAACUGUUACUUUCAUCCCUUAAAUUAGAUACACAAUUGUGACACCAGCUCUGGUCUGUCAGGGUUGAAAAGCAGUUUAAAGGCACUGAAUUGAACUGGAUAGGUGAUGGUGAUAUAUGAUACUGUACUGUUUAUAGAGUCGGAAAUUGAAUUAUAGGGUGGUUGGCCAGGUUUUUGUAAAUGUAUUUUUAUGGUUUGUCCAAAACGUUCACAAUGACGACACACAAAGAAAUUGUUUUCUCAAAUAAAGCACGAGCCAAAAUUGUGCACCGGUUUUGAUUUCCUCCUCAAAACCAUGCACAAGUUUGUGAAGCCUUUACUUAACCUUA